CCAUAUGGGCGGCUGUGCCUGUCCCGGUCUUGUCCCCUGAAUGCAUGGACAAGGUGCCUCAAAUGUGCCGCUACGGCUACCGACAGCUUUAGCUUGCCUUUGUCCAUAAUUCAUGCCUCGUUUGAGUUAGAGGCACUCACAAGCCAAAUUCCCUUCUUCCAGCUCCAACCUUUCUCCUCAUAUUAUUAUUCGACGACUCACUUCCAUUCUUCCACCCACCACCAUAUAUACAACUAAUAAGUCUAUAAAAUACACUCCUCCCCAUUCUCACCUCACCAGAAGAAAACAAACACAACUUUUCUCCAUCCCUCCCUGCAACCACAACAUAACCCAGAAGAACAAGGCCCUAAACCUUAAUCAUACUCUCCCAUCUGAAUUCCGACUCUUACACGGCUAAGUUAGUUGAGAAGAAAUGGAAGGUGGUGUUGCAUAUGAGCAAGGCUUGAACCUCAAGGCAACCGAGCUCACACUUGGAUUGCCAGGGACAGGGGAAACUGAAGGGCAAGGUGGUGUUAGAAACAACAACAAGCGACCUAUGCCUACCUCUGAGACCAAUGAAGAAGAGAGCCAAGCCCUUAAGGCUGCAGACAGAGGAAGUACUGCCCCUGCUGCUAAGGCACAGAUUGUUGGGUGGCCACCAAUCAGAUCUUACAGGAAGAACAGCUUGCAGGCAAAGAAGGACAAUGAAAGUGAAGCUAGUGGGAUGUACGUGAAAGUAAGCAUGGAUGGUGCACCAUAUUUAAGGAAGAUUGACCUUAAGGUCUACAGAGGCUACCCUGAGCUCCUUAAAGCAUUGGAGGCCAUGUUCAAGUUCGCUGCUGGUGUCUAUUCUGAGAGAGAAGGCUACAAAGGGUCUGAGUACGUACCAACUUAUGAAGACAAAGAUGGAGACUGGAUGCUCGUUGGAGAUGUGCCAUGGGACAUGUUCAUGUCAUCCUGUAAAAGGCUGAGAAUCAUGAAAGGAUCAGAAGCAAGAGGGUUGGGUUGUGGUGUUUGAAAAUUUCCCCAGUUAAGCAGUAGCCAUAGCAUAGCUAAUCCACAGGAAGGAAAAGGCCGAGAUAUGUACUUCUUACCCAAGGAAGUAAUAUAGAGAGCUCUUUCAGCCUGGCAGGGUUUCGCCAUGGCAGAGAACUCAUUAAAUUUCAAACGCCCCUCCGGCGGGGAGCUGCUAGAUCUCUGCAGCUGCACAAAGUAACAUGAAAACGUGAGAAAUCAGUGUGAAGUUGGAAGUUGCGGUUUCUUCUUUAAGAGUAUGUAAGAACGGGUGAAAACAAGUUAAGAUAUAGAGAUGGUGGUGGUUUUGGGCACCCCUGUAUUUGGGUGCUAUUUUCUUGGUGCUAUGUUGUGAUGUGUUUUCGUCAAAGUUCUGAAAUUUCAUAUGUGAAGCUGUUUUUUGCUUCAAUUACGUUAGAUGCAGUUCGUGUAAAUCAGUAUGUGAAUAGGAAAGAAAGAAGAACACAAGGACACACACAAGUUUUUUUUGUUUUGUUUUGUUUAUGAGAUAUUCCCUACAAUCAAUAUACACACGGCCUGACAAAUUCAAUACACGACUGUUAUGAUU